AUGUCUCAAGGACCUCGUGAUAACCUGUUAGAGCCUUUGAUCAGAGCCGAGUUGCUCACUCAGAAACUUCAGUUGUGUCUCUAUAUCUCUACUACAAGCAAUGCCACGUCUGUCUUUCUAGUAGACGCAGACGGCUUCCCAGGGAGCGACAAUUUGUCUACAGCCCUGGCCGAGCAUUGCCAUAUGGGACUCGACAAACUGGUGGAAACACAUGGAGCUUUCUACAGUAUCUACAUGAAGACCAAAUCCAUGAUACAGGACACGGGAACGUUGAACGCACUUCAAAGUACAUUUGGCGUUCCCGGCGAGAAAGCAUCUUUCGAUAGGCAUCUCAGGAAGCUCACAAACGCAACGGAAGUAUGCAGAACACAAUGCGAUGAACUUGACAAAAGUCUUCAAGCCUGGCGUGCUUCAGUCGACGAGUUUAGUCGUCGUAUCAGCAAGACCAAGGGUUAG